AUGGCUAACAGUGAAACUCAUAGGCAAAUUGCUUCUAGAUUCAAUAUAUCAAAUAGUACAAGUUAUAAAAUCGUGCAAAAUAAUUUGAAAUACAUAACAAAUAUAUCAGCUCAUGUAAUAAAAUGGCCUUGUGGUAAUGAACAACUUUUGACAUUAAGAAAAUUCCAGAAUCUACGAAAUAAAGUAUUACCUGGAGUAUUUGGAGCUAUAGAUGGAUGUCAUAUUAAAAUAUUAGCACCAUGGGUAAAAAGAAAGGUUAUGCCUUCACUUAACAAAUCAAUGUUCUAUAAUAGGAAACAAGUACCUACCGUAAUUUUACAAGGCAUAGUUGAUGCUGAUCAGAAAUUCAUCAACAUUUUUUGUGGAUGGCCUGGUUCAUCACAUGAUGCUCGAGUUUUAAGGCGAAGUAGUAUAGGGAACCAACUAUUGGGAAACCCCUGGGAAAUACUACCCCAAGAAUCAUAUAUCUUAGGAGACAGUGCUUAUCCUUUAACUGAAGCGAUUAUGACACCUUAUAAAAAUAAUGGUCACUUAACUCCAGCUCAAAUAUUUUUUAACCAAACUCUCAGUAGCUCUAGAGUAGUCGUCGAACAAAGCUUUGGAAAACUGAUUGGCAGGUUUCGAAAAUUAAGAUUAUUAGAUGUGUACCAUAAAAGUUUUUGUGGUUUGAUAAUAACAGCUGCCUGUGUUCUCCACAAUAUUUGCAUGUCUCAUGGUGAUGACAUUGAAGUUGAAGAAUAUGAACAAUAUAUUCCACCUGCAGUACCUGAUACAGGAAAUGGAAUAAAUAAACGAAAUGAAUUAUGUGCAUUAAAUUAUGAACAAUAA